AUGAAACUCCUUGAACCCGUCGCCUGUACUGCAGCGCUGAUGACAAUCGUCGCUGCCGACUGGCAAUUCAAGUCUCGAACAGACCUGGCACCACCUCGUCUGAACAUCACCAUCCCGGCUGCAAAGGAUGUCGAGAAAGGCUACCUCUUCGUCGCACCUUUCCCGGGUCAGUGGUCCGAGCCUCAGUUUCACGGUCCCCGCCAGGAAGCUCCCUAUAUCUUCCGGGAUGAUGGGGAACUCGUAUGGUCGGGCUAUACCUACUUCUCCAUCUGGGCGGCCAACUUCCAAAAGGCGAAGUGGAAGGGCCAGGAUGUGUUGUUCAGCUUUGAAGGUGACCAUAACCCGGCUUAUGGUCAUGGUCAUGGCCACGCCACUAUUCUGAAUCAGCAUUAUGAGACCAUUAGGGAACUGCGUGCUGGUAACCACAAGCUGAUGGACAAGCAUGAGUUCCAUAUCGUCGAUGAGAAGACCGCGUUGCUUCAGGUUUAUCAGCCUGUCCCAACAGAUCUGUCACGCUGGGGUGGUAGUCCCGAACAACAGUGGAUUGUCAAUGCAAUCUUCCAGGAAUUGGACAUUGAGACUGGAGAAUUGCUCUUCGAGUGGUCUAGUCUUGAGCAUGUCACCCCUGAUGAGGCUGUUCUUCCUCUUAACCCUGGACAAGCGGGUGCAGGCUACAACUCCUCAGACGCAUGGGACUACUUCCAUAUCAACUCCGUGGACAAGGAUGCCGAAGGCAACUACUUGAUCUCUGCUCGCGAUGCCUGUGCCGUGCACAAGGUCAACGGUACCACCGGCGAGAUCAUCUGGCGACUGGGUGGUCUGCGAUCCGACUUUGGACUCGGUCCUAACGUCAACUUUUGCUUCCAGCAUCACGCACGGUUUGUGGAGCAGGGCGAUAAUGAAGAAAUCAUCUCCCUCUUCGACAACUCUGCCCACGGAACUGAAAACCACCGCGGCAAAGAAGUCCACACCCAUCCUUUCUCGCAGGGUAAGGUCAUCUCCGUCAAUACUGCUACCUGGACCGCGGAGAUUGUACAGGCCUUCCAGCCUCCCGAUGGACUCCUGGCCAAAUCCCAGGGAAGCACCCAGCUUCUUCCCAACGGCAACGCACUGGUGAACUGGGGCUCUGAGGGCGCCAUGACUGAAUUCCGUGCCGAUGGUACACCCAUCUUCCACGCUUACAUGGACUCCGGACUCUUGGGCGAGGGCGUCCAAAACUAUCGAGCGUUCCGAUACAACUGGACUGGCCUCCCAACCGAAGAGCCGGCUAUUAUUGCUGAAAAAACUGCGUCAGGAACUGCAGUCUAUGUCUCCUGGAACGGCGACACCGAGACUGCAGUCUGGCGGUUCUAUGCAAUCACCGACCGAUAUGGGUCGCGGUCAUUUUUGGGCGAGGCGAAGCGUGAUGGCUUCGAGACUUCAUUCCUGUUCAGCGGCCACUCGUACCAGACCUGGGCGGCUGAAGCUGUCUCUGCUCGUGGUCGCGUCCUGACUACCACUCAAGUUGCUCAUAUUCAGGAUGCUGUCCUUCCUCCCCAUGACAGCACCCUCGAUGUGAAUACAGAGGAUCGUGGUUCUUGGAGACAGUUAGUUUUGCAGGCUUAG